AUGGAAGAAACAAGGAAGCUCUCUCCAAAGCCAUGUAAAAGCAAAGAACCUGUGAAAACGGAAUGGGGGUCUCAGAGUGUUGUAUUUACGUAUUUCCAAGGGGAUAUUAACAGCGUGGUAGAUGAACAUUUUUCUAGAGCUCUAAGCAAUGCCAAGAACCCACAAGACCUGAGCACAAAGCACAAGGGCGAGACUGUUGUCCUGAAGAACGUAGAUAGCAUGUCUCCCCAUCAGUGGAAUUUCUCUUCACAUUGCUCCAAACCAUACCCAUCAUCUUCUGCAACAAGCAUGUCAAAUACGGGUCUGAAUUUUUCUGCUGCUGGUAAGGCAGGCCAAUACCAGCCCUCAGCUCUGCGGAGUCAUCCAACUCAACCUGCAGAUUUAUGGCCCUUCCCUUCGAUUGGGACUCCCAGUCUUACCAGUUCGGUCUAUCAUCAUGCCUUGCCUGACCUGCACGUGGUAGAUGAACCGAUCUCUGACAGGAAAUACGGUUCUCUUCUUGGUCUUCUGCAACAGGAAAGGUGCCUAACAUCCAUGCAAGAAUGUACCAUGAAGCAACACUCAAGUUCUGCUUGUAUGACUGGACCCGCUGGGUUACAAAAUAUAAGUCAAAGUUCAGGUCCUGGGGGAGAGAGGAAAGCAAGCUCUUACGAAGGCUCAGAAAACCCUGGUGUAAGCCAUGCUGCUGCAGGUAUUCAGAUUCAUGACAGAAGACGAGAUUUGUACUUUUAGCAACUGGUUGUUUCUACUUUAUUCUGAAAGAGGAAGUUCUUGCUGUGAACUUUUAUUAUUUGCAACUGUGAAUCAAGAAGAAAUGAACUGCAGCUAUUCUGUGCUUUUUCUCUCAGUUGGAAGAAUACGUGUGCUAUUUACUAUGUGGGGAAUGAAAAAUCAUCUUUUUCUAU